AUGGCUCCUUCAGCUGUUGAAGUUCCAGUCCCGGUUGCCAAAUCAAUCGCCACUACAAACAGCGUGAGCACAAGAGAGGAAUUGAAAUCUCCAGCCUCGCCUUUGCCCGAGGUCAAGACUUUUGACGCGGCGACUGCGACGGUGGAUGAGUUGGUGGAUGCUCUAAGAGUCGCUGGUGGCUUGGUCAUACGGAAUGUGCUGAACAAGGACGAGUUAGCAAGUCUCGAGAAGGAUAUCCGGCCGGAGUUGGAGAAGGAUACUGCGUGGGGCGACGGUGACUUCUUCCCAGCAGAGACGCGAAGAGCUUUUGGACUGGUCACCAAGUCGAGGACAUUUGCCGACCGUAUCUUCGGUCAUCCGCUCUGGACAGGAGUGACAGACGCCUUGUUAUCGAGCACUUUGAAGCACAACUGGAUUGGAGACAAGAACGAAGUCUCGGUCUCGACGCCUCAACUGAAUAAUACCAUCGUCUUCAGCAUCAACCCGGGCGCGCGUGAUCAGGCAUUACAUCGAGACGACGCCAUCCACCACGUAUACCACCCGGCAGUGGCAAAGCACGAACUAGGCCGUGAUGCAGGAAUCGGAUUCUUCGUGGCGGGCAGCAGGACUACCAAACGCAAUGGGGCGACACGGUUCAUCCCAGGUUCACACCUCUGGGAUUAUGCCGCUGGUCCGCCCCAAGAGUCUCAAACAUUCUAUGCUGAGCUCCAGCCUGGAGAUGGGUUCAUGGUCUUGAGCGGCUGUUUCCAUGGAGGCAGUGCAAACAAGACAGACCAACCAGAUGAGAAUGGAGAGAUUAAGCUGGAGGAACGCCUGGUGUACAGCACGUUCAUGACGAGGGGUUGGCUCCGGCAGGAAGAGAAUCAAUAUCUCAUCAACCCGGUCGAGAAGGUGCGGGAGCUGCCGGAGUGGAUGCAGGAGAAGAUUGGCUAUGGUCUUUCGAGGCCGUUCCUGGGAUGGAUAAAUCUCAAAAGUGCGAUGGAGUGGUUGCAUCCUGAGAGAGGUAGGAGGACUGGUGACCUGUGGUGA